AUGAGGUCUGGCAGGCAGCGGCUGGCUCGCCCUUUGUCCCCACCGUCGGAAAGGACAACCAAUUCCUCGUCGGCUUCGUGCUCCUACUUCUGGGUCUUGGGCUCGGUGGUGCAUUUACUCUGA